AUGGGUGAAACCCCAAUUGCCCUGCGCAACGAGCUGAUUUCGUUCGAGUCAGGUUCUGACUCCUCCACGUGCGAAACAGCAGGCGAUGAUCCCGGAAUGAAUCCAGGUUGGACACCAGGCACAAAACCAGGCACGACACCCGGGGUCACACCAGAGACGACUCCCGGCACCUCAGAAGCCUUGGUAGACGUUGUGUCAGCGGACAGCGAUUCUACAGGGAUAGAUCCUGGGAUGAAUCCAGGUUGA